UGCACUGUUUUUAAUUUUCUGUUGUGAGCCUGUGAGCGAAUUUUAAAUGCCAGUAUAACACAGUCAUUAAAAUAUUCACGAAUUGUCAUUUUAGUUUUCAUUUGUUUCAUUUCGUGAUGUCUUCAGUAAAAGUCAAGUUUGUUUCUAAAAAAAUUAGUAAAAUAAAGUGGCGUGCUAAAAGUACAUCGGUGUUUAUAACAGGUUCAUAUGAUGAUGAUGAAAAUUCUCUUUCUGUGUGGAAGUUUCCAGAACAUUCUCCUAUAAAUGAAGAUGAUACAGAUAUUGCAGCUGAUGUAGAACCAUAUGCUGUUGUUUCACAGAAGUUUUCUGGUUGUGUUACUGAUUUAAAGAUUAUGUCAGAUGAAGUAUUAUUUGCAUCAUCAUCUAUGGGGUUCCUGUCCAUGUUCAAGUACUCAGAUGAGAGACUCCAACAUUCUUACACCUGGGAAAAGGUUCAUAAAUUUCAUCAGAAAGCCGCUUCAAUCACUGGAAUUGCUCUAAAAGGACAAGAUAUUGCAACUGUUGGGGAAGAUGGCAGAUUAUGCAUUUUCAAUAUUGUGGCUACGCACAAACUACAAGAAAUCGAACACUCAGAUCUGUGUUCUCUAACAGCUGUAAGUUAUUUAAGGCAUCAAGAAAUAGUGGUCGGUAAUUCUCUUGGAUAUUUAAGAGUUUGGGAUCUACGCAGUUCUGCGGCUACACCCAGUUGUCUGCUUGUCUUAUCAAGAGAUCAGAGAGGUGUUUCAAGUAUGAAUAUUCAUCCAACGCAACCUCACAUCCUGGCUGCCGGCUAUGAAGAUGGCUCUUUGUGCAUGUGGGAUAUGAGGCAAGAUCGAAAACCCACUUCUCUGAUUGAGGGACACUCGUCAUCCAUUUCUGAACUAUUAUUCCAUCCCACAAAUCCAGAUUUCUUAUAUACUUGCUCAAUGGAUGGAUCUCUGUGGCAGUGGGAUGCCUCAAAUUUAAGAAGCAAUGUGCCAAAAUUUGGAACUCCCACAGAACCAAUUUCUAAGAAAGCAACAGUUGGAAAUCCCUGGUUAAAUUGUGAUGCAAACAAGCACCGAUUGGAAAUUACAUCUCUUUACUCACAACCUUUUACAAGUGUUAAUAGUUUAGACUUGAGUGGCUCUGUUUUAAUAUGGUCAGCUGAUAAUGAAGCUCUGUAUAUAUUAAAUGACAUUACUGUGUAAAUAAUUUUCCUCAUUUUUGUUUUUUAAUUUAAUAAUAUAUAGGACUGGCGAUCUAUGAUUGCUGUAAGUAGGAUCUUAAAGGGUAAAAAAUAUCUCUCAAACUAAGAAAAGUAACUUUUUAAAUAAAAUCGUCCAUGUACAGAUUCAGUAAAAAUAAAUUGUAAGAGUAGCAUUUGUAAAAACAAAUUAACUAUCUUAGUCGACAAAAAUAAUUAUCGAAUGUUAAGAAAAGGUGGAACUUGAGUAAUUCAUCAAGUAAUUUUUUACAUAAAAAACUGGUAUAUAAUGCUAAAGUGUUAAUAUACAUUUCAUUUUUCACCCUUUUUUUUUUUUUUUUUUUGAAUUUUUAUUUGUAACUACUAAUGUAACUUGGUGUUGUAUUUUCAAAAAUGCCAAAUUUUCCGAGUGCAGAAAUAUAUGUAGUAGGUGCAUGUAACCUUCAAAAGAAAAACCUUGAUAUUUGUACAAAAUUAAAUUCA